UCCUGUAAUGAGCAGAUCUGAGAGAGAGAGAGAGACAGAGAGAGAUAGAGAGAGAGAGAGAUUCAAACACACCGACAGCGGAGAUAAACGAUAAGAAGCAGCCGAUACAAGCAAACCAGGCGCGCACUCUCCCUGGAUACACAUCAGAAGGGAAGGCUCUGAACCUGGAUUUAUCACUGAUGCGCAAACAUUGGAUUGUGAUGUGGACCUGAAAGAGCGUGAGGAGAAAGAGAGCAAGAUAGAUAGACCGACAGGGAGGGAGAGAGAAAUAGAGAGGGAGAGAGAGAGAAAGAGAGACAGCGACCAUACAACGGAUUAAUAAUGCUGGAUUGUCUGCCGCCCUACUGAUCCAUCCAUCUCCUGUUACCUAAACGACAGAAUUCAUACCCAGCAAUCACGCGCCUCGUGUUUUUUCUUGAUUCUUCUCUUUCUUUCAUCCCUUCAUCAGCAGCAUCAUCUGCAGCGUGAUGAUGUCGGGCGGGGGGUUUGGGUGCUGACGCUUGUACAGCAAGACAAGAGCCUCCUCCAUACACUCUUAGAAAAGACGGUUCUUGGGUUUAUCUCCCUAGAGGAACUCUUAAAGCUGGAAUGUAGAACCUGACAAUACAAGUUGAACCCAUUGAAAAGCGAGAACCGUUAACCAUCCAAAGAACCCUAGAGGAACCCUUUUUUCUAAGAGUGUAGAGUAGACGUGUGUAAAUGCUGCACAAGCGCUUACUCCACCAAACAGGUUUCUAAAAAGGUGGAGCCUCGGAGAGCUGAGGAUCGGGGCCUGAGAAGCCCUGCACAUCCGAGUCGCUGCACUCGUGUCGCCCGGCGCGUGAUGGCUGGAGAGGGCCUUCCGCUGUGUCCAUCUCCGAGACGCAGUCGCCGGAGAUCUGAUCGGGAAUAAUAACCUCACUUUCUGGGAGCAGGAUGGUGUGAACCCGUUUUAUUUUUUCUUUCAGCCUGUUUUUUCGGUUUCAAUUGGUGUCAUUUUGUGCAACUGUUGACUGGCAGGGAUAUUUCCAGUUUAAGCAAAGUCUUCCAGUCUUGCUUUUGUACCCCCCACCACCACCACCCACUCCCGAUCUUUUCUUUCAUUUCAUUUUUCUUUUUCCGAGAUUUGUGGACUUUUGCCAAGCCCUAUUUCAUGCAUGUCCACUGGGGGCAGGUUCAACUUUGACGAUGGGGGGUCUUACUGUGGCGGGUGGGACGAAGGCAAGGCCCACGGCCACGGCAUCUGCACGGGGCCCAAAGGCCAGGGCGAAUACGCCGGUGCGUGGAGCCAUGGUUUUGAGGUCCUGGGUGUGUACACGUGGCCCAGUGGGAACACCUUCCAGGGCACGUGGGCGCAGGGCAAACGCCAUGGCAUCGGCGUGGAGAACAAGGGCAAGUGGGUGUACAAGGGGGAGUGGACGCAUGGAUUUAAGGGGCGCUAUGGAGUGCGGGAGAGCACAGGUGCCAGCGGCAAGUACGAGGGCACGUGGAACAAUGGACUGCAGGACGGAUAUGGGACCGAGACCUACUCAGAUGGGGGUACGUAUCAGGGCCAGUGGGUGGGCGGCAUGCGGCAUGGCUACGGCAUUCGGCAGAGCGUCCCAUACGGCAUGGCGGCCGUGAUUCGCUCUCCACUGCGCACCUCCAUAAACUCUCUGCGCUCGGAGCACAGUAAUGGCACGGCGGGUACGCCAGGCACGGGCGGCGGCAUCAGCCCGGCGGCGUCACGCGGAGGCUUUGUCCUGACAGCUCACAGCGAGGCGGAGCUCCUGAAGGCAAAAAAGAAAGGCCUCUUCUUCCGACGCUCUCUGCUCAGUGGGCUGCGUCUGCGCAAGUCCGAGUCAAAGAGCUCGCUGGCCAGCCAGCGCAGCAAGCAGAGCUCGUUCCGGAGUGAGGCGGCCAUGAGUACGGUGAGCUCUGCCGCCUCAGACGUCAACUCCACCAUCAGCCUGGGUGAGGCAGAGGGAGAGCUCCUGCCCACCAGCACCAACGCCAAUGAUGACGCCAACGACGAUGACGGCGUGGACGCUACGGCCACCGAGAGCUACGCGGGUGAGUGGAGGAACGAUAAGCGCGCCGGCUAUGGUGUGAGCCGACGCUCGGACGGUCUCUGUUACCAAGGGGAGUGGUUGAGCAACAAGCGCCAUGGCUACGGCUGCACAACCUUUCCCGAUGGCACCAAGGAGGAGGGGAAGUACAAGCAGAAUGCGCUGGUCAGUGGCAAACGCAAGAAUCUAAUCCCGCUACGUGCUAGCAAGAUCCGAGAGAAGGUGGACCGCGCCAUCGAAGGCGCAGAGAAGGCGGCUGAUAUCGCAAAGCAGAAAGCAGAGAUCGCUUUGUCCAGGACGGCCCAUGCGAGGGGGAAGGCGGAGGCGGCCAUGACGGCGGCACAGAAAGCGCAGGAGGAGUGCAGACUGGCCAGAAUCGCAGCUAAAGAGUUCUCACCUUCGUUCCAGCAUCGAGGAAACGGAGUGGAGUGUGAGAGGCCGAAGCCGCAGCCCUCGAGCGACAACGACGUGGAGAUGAUGUCGAGCGAGACUCCGGACAGCACCGAGCUCUACAUGAAGGGCUCAACUCCUCCAGAGCUCACUCCUGACGCCAGCCCGGGUCCAAGUCCCACCUCCAAACCUCGGGCCCGCCCCAAAAAUGCCCGCUUCCUGCGACAGAGCGCUGUGGACGACGAGAGGGGUGGAGCCUCUGAAAUUCAGGUUCUGGUGGAGGGCCGAAGCCACGGUAGGCCAAGUGGAGGGGGUGGAUUAGGGGAGGAAUACCUGAGAACGGCGAACACCAACGGACACCGGCACUCCUCAUCCAAUCACAAGGCGUCAUCGCGGGAGCACGGCUCGUCCAAUCACAAGCCGUCAUCACGGGAGAAGUGGGCGGAGUGGACUUCACACCGUACACAGACGCGGCUGCUCGAGCAGGAUGAGGAGAAGCUGAGCAACUACGAGAUGGAGAUGAAGCCGUUGCAACCCAUGGACUCCAACUCCCAGAAGCCCUAUGGGCAAGGGGAGGAGCGUCACCGGGGCAAGAACCGGGGCAAAAACCGGGACCGAGAAAGAGACAGGGAGAGAGACAGGGACAGAGAGAAGGAGAGAGAGAGAGAGGACACGGCACGGCCCAGUGUGGACUCGGUGCAAAAGCUGGACAGUCUACGAGUGGGGGAGAAACUGGAGGCUCGGCCUCUGCGCAGGGACCUCAUGCUCUCGCCCCCGCAAAAAUCCUCACCCAUUGCACUAGAACACGACAACGGGAAUCACACACAGCUCAAAGCCAACUCGGGCUCCAGUUCAAUUCUGGUUGUCAUGGUGAUUUUGCUCAACAUCGGAGUUGCCAUUCUGUUUAUUCACUUUUUUAUUUAAAACUCUUGUUAUUUCCUUUAUUCCCUCUUAAUUUAUCUUAUUUAUGAAUCGGUUGUGAGUGUUUAUCCGGCUCCGGCUACAUCUGAUCUGAUUAAAGGGAGCAUAAAUCACAAGGACGGAGGAAGGAAAGAAGGAGACACAAAAACGAAUUUACAGUCAACUCGGGGCUCAACUUUCUUUUUUCUCUCCACUUCUCCAAAGAGGUCUUGUUUUUGUUCACGUUUUUUCUUUAGCAUUAAUGUUUUAAGAUUCUUCAUUACUACACUUGUUUUUUUUUAUCUGUCUUUUCUGGCGUUCUUGACUUUUCCAUAGCUUUUUCUUUGUUGUUGUUUUUGUUUUUUUGUUUGUUUUUUUUUGGAUAGUGGACUUGAAUGUAUGGUGGUGCGAGACAGAGUGUGUGUGAGGUGGUGUGAGCUCACAGGUGAACUUUACUCCAUUGAAACGUUGUAUUGAUGUCAUUGGCGGGGAAACGGUCCCGUGUCUGUACUCACCGCUCCUCCAUCCCGUCUCAUCACUCCAUCUGGACUCAGCUUCAUCUUCUCAUUCCUGGUCAGGAAGGGCCGGGUCAGGAACUGUAGAAUCAGGAUAGGUUCUGUUUUGGAGAGCACAAAGAAAAUUACACAUAAACACACGUUUGCACUGCAUGUUUAGAAACAGGAACGUUCCCAAACCAGAACCAGUUUAAGUUCAUUUUCCUCCACGAUGACACCAUCAUAGGAUAAGUGCUCAGAUUAAAAUAAAAAUACAGGCGAAAAGCCUUGUUGAUGAAAGGGAUUUUACACUCUAAUAAUAAACAGCUGGGAUAAAAAAGACCAUGACUGAGUCAGUUUGGAAGCCCGGGGCUGGGGCGUAGUUAGGAGAGUGUAUUUUGGGUUUAAAAUAUUUUAUGAUGGUUCCAAAUGCUUAUUCAGGAAUUUAACAUAACUCAUACAACAUAGCUGAUUAUAUAAGUAUUAAAUAACAUGUUUUACUCAGUAACUAUGUUAUAAUGAUUAAUAAAAGGUCAACGUAAAAUGAACGUUUAUUUAAUCACAUUUUAUUGGCUACUAGUUCUUACGGUGAGAAAGAAUCAGGAAUCCCAGACUCUCAUUUAUCAGACUUCUAAAUUUGUGCGUAAGAAACGCCAGAACACGCAGGAAAAUUGUCAUUUAUCACGUGUGCAUAUGCACAGCUCUAUGAAAUGGAUGUUUAUAAACCCUACACGCUCUAAGUUGCUCUGCCCGUGCAUGGCCACGCUCAUUUGCAUAAAGAAACGCCCCCGAAUCACCAUAUAUGGUAAAGACUUUCCCUUCACAAAGCCCAGUAGCCUGCACGUGGCACUGCUUGUUGCUGACAACGUGGUGAACGACAAUUAGGUAGAGAUAACGGUUUAAACUGGUUUAUUUGGUUCUUUUACCAAACAAGUGGUUUGUCUAAGAAAUGAAUAUGAAUGAUUUUUUUAGAUUUUAUGGCUACGUGUGCAGUCUAUUUACAUUUAGAAAAUCUACAAUGGCGUGAAAAUCUCACAUUAUUGUUGUCUUUUGUGCUAUUUGGAAAUAUAGUGCAGCGUGAGCGAUAUGAACGUAAGACGCGAGUCACUAUUCAGCUCCUAGUUGGAAAAUCUCGUAGUUGGUCUGCACUUUCUCGUUGAAAUAUACUCAUGGCUUAAAAACUCAACUCAAAUCUCACUGCAUGUCAGUUUAUCUGUGAUUUCACUUUUCUACCACUAGGGGGUUUCUGCAUACGCGUGGUCAGGAGUGUGCGUAAAUAUACGCACCUCUUCCUAGACAAGAAGAAACUGAUAAAUAAUGUUCUAUGUGUAGAAAAUUGCAGACACACGUUUGAUAAAUGAGACUCCUGAUUUUAUAAUGUAAGAUGUCAUUUCUGCCGUAUUACUAGCAAGAUAAAUAUUUGCAGUGGAACUGUCAUAAAGGUAUUUUAUUUCCUAUGAUGAUCCAUGUUAAAGCUUGGGUAAAGGUUGAUGGUAAAUUGUGCUUCUCCUGCUGUCUGACGUCCACCGAAAUUUCAUGAGCGUGUCACAUUUAUCGCUCUGAUUUUAUUUAGCGUAUUUCCUCAUCUGCCCCAGCACAUGGAGCUAGCUUUUAACCUAACAAUCUAGGUUUUAAACUUCAGCUAGCUUUCAUUUCUACACCACAACAUUACACAUUUAGCUCAUUCUUCAUAGCAGACUCAUAUUCACAAUGUGUCAUCCAUUUUUUUUUUAGUUUCAUUGACAGACCUCAUUGUUUAAACACCGUCUGAAUGUUGGAUGAGGGCUAACACAUGAUAUCCUGUAAGGUAUUAAAUCCCGACGGGGUGCCAUUAAUUAACGAGGAACGUCGGCACCCACUUCACCGCACACACCCGAGGAAGCCGCUGUUGUCGACCAGUGUCAGAGACUGUUAACGUUUUUUUUCCAAAACUGCUGCUUUCAAAAAAAUAUUUAUUGAAAAAUGAUUUAAAAAAAGAUUUUUUAGCUAUUUGCAAGAUGUCUGGAAAAAAUGCCGACUGCCUUGUUUUUUAAAGAGACCAAUUUGCAUGCUGAUGUAUGGUUUAGUUUUGUAAAGCUACCUUCUGAGACAAAUAAGGAUAUAAAAGUCUUCUAGUUUUGGAAGCAGUAUAUGGUUGCUUUUUAUUUUUAUUUAGUAAUUUAUUUGUGUAUUUCUUUUUUCUUAAACCCUGACAAAAAUAUUGAAUCUACCCCAGCACUGCAGUGACGUCUUUCCAAAAAAAAAAAAGAGAAAAAUCAUCUUUCAGAAGGACCCAAACAUCUGAGAUGAACUCCUCAUCGAACCAAAAGGGAAUAAACACUCGAAGAGAUGUGUCCGCUUUAUUUUUUUCUAGCCAGCUCACUGAACUCAAAGACUCUGAGCUGUGUGUGUUUUUUUAUAGCAUGUGUGUGUGUAUGGGGCCUGUAUCUCCCGCCUGAGUCACUGAUCGCUCACAGUCUGUGCUCUCUCCCUUUAUCUCUCUUUUCCUCCCUUCUCCCACCACAUCAAUUUUCAAAAAGAAAAAAGAAGAAAAAAAAAACGUGCAGUGAAAUGGUGAUGGAAAGGAACGGAAAAACAAAAAGGUGGAGGCCAAAGCUGCUGAAAUCCAGUGCUGGUUUUAACACACCCUCGUCCGCAAGCGUCAGGAGCGGAAAAGACUCGAGUAACAGUACUUUGUUAAAUGACUGUUAUUGACAGAAAAAAUGUACUUUUUCCACCUUACAGUUUUAUUUCGACCUCAUUACAAAUCUCUGUGACUGUGCUCUAUACGUCAAUAGAACAGACUCCUGCGCAUUUUAUUUGCAUUUUAUUUACACUUCAUUUUUCCAAUUUAUUAAUAUGAAAAAUAAACUAUACUGCCAAUUCAUUAUCUACUGUUCAUCAGUUAAAUAAAAGUAUUUACUUUUUACUUUUUAAUACUUGAGUACAUUUAAAAGUCGCAACAUUUUGACUUGCGUACAUUUAACUGAAUAAAAUUUUCAUACGUGUUCUAUCCUCUAUUCUAUUCUUCUUUUAUUAAGUAGAAUUUGUCAGCAUAUGAUUUUCCCACAGCUGAUAGGCGUCCUCUCUCCGUUAGGGAUCACAUAAACAUCACUGUAGAAGUCAUUUACGUGACUUAAGCCAGCUUUACGCUGUACGAGUUUGCUUUCUCAGACAAAAGCUGCACAUCGUAAAAGAAUUCUUUUAGUACUACUGUGACCAAAGAUGGCCGACGACAAAGUCAUGUCAGUGUGAGAAAUUUCUGAUUAAAAUCUCAGUGCGUGCUCACUGCUAUUACACUCGUCUAAAAUCCACCAAUAGGUGGACAGCAAUCUCACGGGACAACUACAAAUACAGUAGCGUCAAUAGGGAAAUGUAAAUGAAACAUGAUAAUGGACAGAAAAAUAUUUCCUUAUUACCGCAAGCUUACUUUGAACAGUAUUUGUGUUUAUAAUCGGACAUGGAGAACACACGUUAUCACGCAGUUUGUUAUAGAAUUCGGCUGAGAUUUUAUUGGAAUCUCGUACAGUGUGAUGAGUAAUAAACUGCGGAAAUUGCGCCGUGUAAAACCGGCUUAACUCUGAAGGCGUUGUGAUUUAGCGCAAUUGCUUUUUCUCAAAGAAGCAAAAAUGGCCAAAACAUCAAGUUCACAACCUCAUUUAAGUUAUGAUGUUGAGCUAACUACAUAUCCAGCUUCAGGUAGCUACGUUACAAUAUUUUAUUGAAUACUGUUCAACAUUUUUUUAAAUAAUUAACAGUAAAAGUACCUUUUGAUAGCUCAGUAGCUGUACUGCCUAGCUAACUACGAAGCUAGUUAGUUCAAUAGGGAGUUAUGUACAGUGUAUAAAUGAUGUAAUGCUAUCCAGCCUAUUAGCUAGCUAGCUUUUUACAUUUACCUCGGUGACAUCAUCAGCCACCCCUUCGUCAUGCUAGCUAGAUUAUUUAAAAAAUCAAGGUACUGGAAGAUAACUAGCUUUAUCAAACACCCAUUUUGAUCAUGUUAACACUUUUGUUUUAUUUAAUGAAUGUGACGGCCAUGAGACACCACAAACUCGGCACAGUGAAGAUGACCACGUGAAUGAUUUCAGCCAGUUGAACUGUAACUUCAUAUAGUAUGCUAGCUACUUAGCAAUUUGAUAUGAAAAUAUACAAGUAAGAUAUAUAACAAAUUUCCAAGGAAAUGGUUUUAACAAUGUUUAUUAGAUAAGUCUAUGUUUUAAAUGUUUAUACACGCUUACAAACCUUAACAGGAAGUCAACGAGAGUGUGUUAAAACCAGCACUGAAUGCAGGUUACUGGUCACAUGAUCUGGUAUAAACGUUACAGUUGGAUGGCCUGGUGUACACACUCCAUGUGCGGUGUGUAAUGUGUGCGUGUGUGUGUGUGUGGGAGAUAUUGGGAGACGAAAACGAAGCAUGCGGUGGCUGAAAUCUCCUCUGUAACCUCCAUCCUGCCCAGACGGACGCACCACGACCCUGCGGUCGGCCAUCGCAUGCCCGAGCAUGCCCACUUCUUUUACUCUCUUUCUCUUAUUCCGUUCUUUACUUUUGUUUUCCUGGGAGUUUGUCAGUUUUUUGAGUUAUGUGGAGAACAUAAUGAAAGUGUUUGAAAGUAAGCUCUUGUUUUUGUGGUCAUUAAAAAAAACGGGUUCUCAUUUUAUCACUGCCUUCUUUUAUUAAACGUUGAUGAAAUGACGUCUAACAUGGAUGUAACUUACUCUAAUCUAGCCAGGGUUACUGUUAAUGAAAACUACAGCUGCGGGGAAAAUGCAUACUGCUCAAUACAUCCACAUUUUAUUUUUAAACUCAUAGAUUAAUACUACUUCUACUACUACUACUACUACUAAUAAUAAUAAUAAUUAUUAUUAGUAGUAGUAGUAGUAGUAGUAUUUAUUUAUUAGUUAGUUAGUUAGUUAUCGAGGCACAUUUUCUUUCUUUACCCAGAAACUAUGUUUAAAACUAAACAAUACACAAACAAAAAUCACUAAAACUAAAAUUUAAAACUGCAGCUAAAUAGAACCUGGUACACUUUCACCCAAAAAGAUGGGGUUUUUAC